AUGGAUUUCCUUCUCCUCUCUCUCACUAAUAAAGCCUUUCCAUUUCCUAUCUUCUCCCUUUUCCCUUCUUUAUUAAGGUUUCUCUUCUUCUCUUCCCUCCUUUUCUUUUCCUCUUCGGUCUUCGCAACUGAAAAUAACAGAAAUCCCUUGUCAACCCAACAGCCAUGCACUGAACAUCACUUCUCUGCUUUGCUCCACUUAAAGCAGGGCUUUCACUUCGAUGGUGAAAGCAUCACUACACUCUCCUCCUGGAAUCCUGAUAACAGGGAUUGCUGCUCCUGGGAAGGCAUCACGUGCGAUGGUGUCACGGGUCACGUGAUCAGUCUCGACCUCAGCUACCUCGGUGUCUUGGGUAGGGUUGAAUUUGGAAGCAUCUUUCAUCUUCAAACCCUGCAGAUUCUCAACCUCGCUGGCAAUAACUUCGGUCGAUCUCCAAUACCUUCUGGGUUUGAACAGCUCACCAGUUUAACUCAUCUCAGCCUCUCUGAUUCCUGGUUUCAAGGCCAAAUCCCCAUUGGAAUCUCUCGCUUAACCAGUUUGGUUUUUCUCGAUCUAUCUUUCAAUGGCCUGAAACUUGAAAAGCCUAACAUUGGAACUCUCGUCCAAAAUCUAUCGAGUCUGAGAGAACUCCAUCUCAACUGGGUAGACAUCUUUGCACAGGGUAGUGAGUGGGGCCCGGCCAUAUCGGCACUCCCUCAGCUACGCAGGUUGACAAUGAUUGAUUGUGGUCUUUCAGGCCCCAUCCAUCCUUCCCUUUCCAAGCUCCAUUUCCUAUCUACACUCGCCCUCACCUAUAACAAUCUCUCUUCGGCCAUACCUAACUUCAUAGGGAACUUCUCUUCUUUAACGUCACUGGUUCUCGUGGGUUGUGGAUUGCAUGGGAAAUUUCCGGAGAGUAUUUUCAGGCUGCCAAACCUACAAGCCCUGGCUGAAGGAAACAAUCCACUUCUCACAGGCGAAAUCCCUCAAAACAAUACUAUCCGGAAGCUGUGGGUAUCCAACACUGGAUUUUGUAGCAAGGUACAGGAUUCGUUCGGUAAUUUCAAAUUGCUUACCGAGUUAUUUCUCGGAAGUUGCAACCUAUCCGGACCAUUUCCAUCAUGGCUUUUCAAGCUCGACAAACUCGUGAUUUUGGAUCUUUCAUCCAAUGGUUUCAGCGGACCAUUGCCAUCCUCUCUUGUGAAGCUCAACAACCUUGUUCAUUUAGAUCUUUCAUCCAAUGGUUUCAGCGGUCCAAUCCCUUCUUCCUAUGGAAAAAAGCUUCGAAAUCUUCAAAAACUCAACAUUUACAACAAUUCACUUAGUGGGACCAUCCCAUCAUCAUUGUUUUCACUCACUUCGUUACUUUCUCUGGAACUCCAAGAUAACGAAUUUAGUGGUGACGUGAACCUUGGCUUACUCAGAUACCUUAAGAACCUGUUGAACCUUGAUAUUUCAAAUAACAACUUUUGUACUUCCUUACAAGUCCUCGAUUUAUCUGACAACCACUUCAAUGGUUCGAUUCCACCGUGCUUCGGUGAAAUCAGUGAUGCCCUCGUUGUGUUGAAUCUUGGAGGAAAUGCAUUUCAUGGUACCUUGCUUCAAACAUUCAAAGAGGGGUGCACUAUAGAGACACUUUGUCUCAAUGAAAAUCAAUUGGAAGGGCAGGUGCCACGGUCUUUGGCCAAGUGCAAGAAGCUGGAGCUUCACAGUAGCUUGCCAUCAAAUAUGUUCAAGAGCUGGAAGGCAAUGAUGGAGGAUGGCAAAUCCCAAUCUCAGUUCCUUAGCAAAAAGUUUGUGGUCGGAUACUAUCAAGAUAAAGUGAUUAUAGUAAGUAAGGGGCUAGAAUUGGAAUUGGUAAAGAUCCUUACUGCCUACACAGUAGUGGAUAUCUCAAAUAACCAAUUUCAUGGAGAUAUCCCGAAAUCAAUCGGGGAUGUAAAGUCACUGCAUGUGCUUAAUAUGUCCUACAACUGUCUGACAGGUCAAAUUCCAGCAUCACUUGAGGGCAUAAAUGAUCUCGAGUCAUUAGAUCUCUCACAUAAUAAUUUGUCAGGUGAGAUCCCUCAGCACCUUACAAAGCUAACAUUCAUCGCAGUGUUAGACCUCUCGUAUAAUCAUCUCGUGGGAAGCAUACCGCAAGGUCAACAAUUUAGUACAUUCACGAAUAAAUCAUUUCUAGGGAACUUGGGAUUAUGUGGCCCUCCAUUGUCAAAGAAAUGCGAAUACAUUAAGGCUUCACCACCACUGGCACAGUCAGAAAGCAAAUAUGAUUGGGAAUUCAUGUGGAUUGGGUUUGGAGUUGGAUAUGGAGUGGGAAUGGGAAUUCUUUUUUGGACUCUAGCACUUUGGAAGAAGGGAAUGAGAGAAUUUACUAUAUUUGUUGAUAGAAUGCUUCUGAUAAUUUUUCCAUGUGAGGCAUUUAUUCUAAUGCAUCGAUACUAG